UAUGUCUGCUAGCUCGGCGAAGCGAGAAUUUAGUGGAUUUCGGCCUUUCGCUAUUUCAACGCAAGAGGGCUCACUCGCGCAAAAUUUAAAUUGUGAACCGAAACUAGGUCAAGAGCAAAACACGUCGAUCGAGCUCUCGAUGACUGGAAACAUUACGUCAUCAUAGUAAUUCCCAGACUGGUGUCCAAACACAUCUAUACAUUAAAACGACACGCCGAAUAUUUAUUUCAUAAUACAUAGAAGUUAGAACAUUCAAAUCAAGAAAAUUUAUUGCCGGCCGGUGAUUCAAAUAUACCCCCGCCAUUCACUUCCGUGUUUACUCUGGCGUGACAUCGUAAAUAAACAAAAAAAUCACACACAUUUCCGUAAAUUUUUGUCUUUCUGUUUUCCUUUUCUGUUUCUGUGUGGAAGUUUUAUCUGUGUUGAUCUUUACUUUGUUGAUUUUUUCAUUGUUUAUGUGGUAAGUCUUCUUUGUUUCUUUUCAUCCUACACUUUUUUCUUAAUUGUUCUUCAUCGUUUAGUUUGACCCUGUCACUGUGUCACUUUGUCGAGUUAGUGUAAAGUCUGUGAAAUGUACCAUACGUUUGUAUGUGAUUGAUAUGGAUAAUCAUAGGCAGUGUCUCGCUGAGCUGUGUAGAUUUUGUGGAGGGAGGGUGAAAAAGGCAAAAGUGAAACAGCAUGCAUACAAAGUAAUCAAUUAUCAAGAAGCAGUGAAAAGUAGAUUUGACAUAGAUGUCAAAGGUGACCUCCCAGACGUACAUCCAAAUUCAUUUUGUACUAAUUGCUACUGCCUAAUAACUAAAUCUAGACCGAAUAAAGAAAAAUCAUGGACUCCAAAAAAUGAUUGGGCUGAACACAAACGUAAUUCCAACUGUCAGACAUGUGAUUCAUUCAAAAUUCAAUGUAAAGGUGGGAGACCCCCAAAAGUAAGAAAAACUGGUCGCCCAUUAUCUAGUUCCACACCACUAUCAUUCUUUUUGGAAAUGUAUGAAAUGUCUUUGAGGGACUCAGUAAAAAGCACAGUGGGCAACUAUCAUAUUGAUCCAUGUCAUUCGUUCGUUGUCUGUAGUAUUUGUAGCUGUGUUGUUUCAUGUCCUGUAGAAACCCAGUGUGGUCACUUGUUCUGUGUUGACUGUAUUUCUCCUUUGUUUCGUAAAGUUUCCAUUGACUGUCCUGUUUGCAAUUCCACAGUACACUACAAACAAACACACAAACCCUCAGAAUAUGUCCACACCAUCAUAGACCAAUUGAAAUUACAAUGCUCACAUUGUCAAUCAUUAAUACACCACUCAAUGACAGUCACACACAAUUGCUCACAUCAAGACCAUACAUACUGUAAAAUGCCAGAUGUAGGGAGUAGACUGGGUUUAACAGAAAAUCAAACCCAAGAGAUAGCAACAUCAUUCUUUAAAAAUGAGCUUGCUAAAUCACAAGAUGGCUCUGCAAUGUUUGGGGUUCCUGGUCGUGGAAAGGUAGGCGUAACAGGACCUACUCUGUAAAAACAAUAGGGCCUAUUACUAAUGCAUAAAUUUAAUUCUUCAUUUUUUUAUGAUCCAAGACUAGAAGGAAAUAAAAAAGUAGAGGUAAACUACGUGGAACUUUGGUGACUUUAUUCUUUAUAUUCAAAGCAAAAAAUGUUAGUCAUUAUGAGUGAGCAAUAAAACAAGAAUAAAAUUAAACCAUUUAGUAUCAAAGCGGUGAAAUAAGGUGGGGGAAUUUUAUGAAAGAAGUAGCUUGGGAAAAUAAUAUAACAGACUCUUUACAAACCAUUGUUUUCUAUUUCUAUAAUAGUUAUAUGAAAUCUUUCUUUGAAUCAUUUUUGCAAGUACUUUCCAAAUAUAGGGGCUUCUUUACAACUUAUAAGGGUUAUUAAAAAUCCAUUUGUAUGUAAUAGUAUACUUUUACUUAAUGUCCCAUAUUCUGAACUCCAGUGGCCCAUUUCAUAAAAAAGGAAUGUCAACUACUUUGUCAACAGUGAAAAUUCUGCUUCCUAAUUGGCUGUUCCAAUGAAAAUUAACAUUCUAGCAAGAGUUGCUAUCAUAGCAACUUUUUAUGAAAUGGGCCCCUGAUUAAACCAUGGUCUAUUUUAUGUUGAAAUAAUGAGAAACCAACAAUUUAAAAAUUGAAUAUAUUUUAUGUUUCUUAUCUUUAAUUUGCUCUUUCGUCAUGUUUUAAAAGUGAAGUGACCUAUGUCAGUAAUUAUUCCCAGUCAGUUAUGAAUAAUUUGAGUGUCAAAUGAGCUGACAAAUUAAAUUUUUACUAUUUAGAGAUACCUGUCACAAUUGGUUAUCUAUAGUUAACCACAUUUUUUUUCACCAGAGUUUAAUUUAAACCAGAAUUCAGAAUAUGGGCCAAUAAAACAAUACAUCAGAAAAAACAAGAUUAGAAUGGCAUUAUUUAAAAGAGAAAGAAAAAUACUUUUAAAACAGAAAAACCCUACUUCCUGGAAAUUUCACAUGGUCAGUUUAAUUACAAAAUCAUGUCGGAAAUAUUUCAUAAACUCCCUUAGCCAAUGAAAGCAACAUGCCUGCCAAACCCACAAAUAUCCAGCGCAGAGGGAUCCAAGAGCACAGUGAGAAAAAGGAGCCUCUUAAUGCAGAAAAUAAGAAAAGACAUCUCCCUCGGAGGAGAAGAAUCACAGCAAAUAGAUGAAAUCCAGGCAGGGGGUCUCCAGGAAAUUCUAGGCCCAGCUGGAAUUUGCAUCCCCGGGAAAGACAUCUUACAGCUGAAGUCAUUCUUCGGACUAAGCUGGAAAAAACUGAGAAGAUUGAAAAGAUGGCUCAAAGAGAGAAAUGUCUCAACUUCAAACGAAGGAAAAGUACGAAAACUGCAAGAGAACAUAAUCAAGGACAACUUGAAGGGGGAAUACGUACCUUUGCAGACAACAAAUGAGGUGACAAAAUGCCAAGAAAUCAAGCAAGUCCCCCUGAUAACAGUCAAGAACCUGACGAGUAUGGUAUUUGACUUGCUGGACGAGUAUGACGAGUUGAAAGAACUGACUUGGCAUAAUGGUUCCAUUCCUGCUGAUGAGGUUUGGAUUAAACUUGGCGGUGACAAAGGAGGAGGAACAUUUAAAAUGAUGAUCCAGAUUGGGAAUGUAUCACGGCCGAAUAGCUUAGCCAACACUCGUGUAGUUCUUCUUUAUCCUGGAAGUGACUCCACAUUCAAUCUCGAUGUUGCUCUGAGCGAUUUCACUCUGCAAGUAGAAGAGCUGGCAUCGUCAACUUGGAGGGGUAAGAAAAUCAGGAUAUUCUGUUUUGGUGAUUAUGAGUUCCUCACCCGAAUGUAUGGCCUUAGUGGACCCAAUGGUCGACAUUGCUGCUUGUUUUGUGAUAUUGUUCGCACUGCAUUGGCUACCCCUCCCAUGGACAGAGCCCAAACUCAACCAAGGACUUUGGAUACCCUUCAAACGUCACAUUCCCUUUUCCUUGAGAAAGGAAUUCCAAAGGAGGCAAACAACGUCAUUCGGGAGCCCUUCUUCAAAAUUCCCAUUAAUCAGGUGUGCCCACCAGGGCUGCAUAUGUCCCUCGGUAUUUUCCUGAAGCAUUACGUAUCACUGAACAAAGCAGCACACAUGCUUGACCAGGAAAUUGCAAAACAACGUGCAAAGACACAGGGAGAAGAGGAAUCAGGUACCAAGGCAUUUCUUUCUCACGUGAAGAAAUUAAUUCUUCAACAAGAAACGCAAGAACUUGAAGAGGAAAUCCAGGAGCUUGUUGAACAGCAUACAAUGAUCGGGUUGUUGUAUCCUGAAAAGGAGCCUCCUGAAGUUAUUCUAGAGUUGGCACAAGAGAAAAAGAAAAGCAAACUCCAAAAGGAAAAAGAAAUCUCUAAGCUUGGUGAUCUACCCUUUGGUGCAGGACCAGUGGCAAUGGAAUUAGAGUCGGUUCUACAAAGCCUUCAGAUCUGCAGACAAGCAUUUCAUGGGGGCGCCUUCGUUGGAAAUCAUGUCCACAGGAGUCUGAUGCCUGAGAAUGUGGAUAGAAUUACUGAGUCACUGGAGAGGUGUGUUGCUGAGCAUUGCCCGAAUGAUGAGGAUCUGAAGAAGAUGGCAAGUGAAACAGGAGCCAAGUACAACCAGUUGUUCCAUUUGUUUGGAGCAUGUCACAGAGGGAUGAAUACUGGCUCGUUUCUAUGUGAAGAUAGCAUCAUUCAGUUAGCGGAUGACAUCAAGUCCUACAUGACCUUCUUCAGGCAUAACUUUCCUAAAGAGACUGUAACCCCGAAGCAGCACAUCCUGGAACAACAUACCAUUCCUUGGCUGCAGCAGUGGAAGGCCACCCUUGGUUUUCUUGGAGAGCAAGGAGGGGAGUCGGUCCACUGUCAAGUGAACACAAUCUCGAGGGAUCUGCGGGGUUAUCAUGAUGCCCUAAAACUUACCCUUCAGUCUGUCAGAUCACAAUGGGUUCAAAGUUGUCCCACCACAUAUAAUGACUAUACAAAAGAAGUCUCCUCAAAGAAAAAGAGUAAAUAAGCCAGAGUCAUUUCCCCAUUACACAUAUUUUCAGUGUCUAUCUUUUGAGCUAACAUGCACAGCUAAUUUCAAUUUUCUGAAGGUUAUCUGAAAGUUUUAGGCAUUAUUCUUUAAUGAUAGAUUAUCUGUAUGACGGGUUUUGUUUUUCUUCCAUUAAUUAUGCUGUUGAAAAGAAAACUGCAAAGAAUAAAAGUGAAGUGAAAAAACCCUGACCUGUCAAACUUUAAAGCUGAUAUACAGUAUGCACAGCUAUUUUGGAUUAUCUUUACACUACAAAUGCAAAAAGGUGUGUUGCAGGUAUUAUUCUUUGACAACAUAUUACAGCAUCUAUGGAUAUGAUGGAUGUUAUUAUUAUGAAGUAUUGAUAUUUUGCUGUGAAAAAAAUGCAUUACAAUGAAAUUGAGAUGAAAGAAAAAACUGACAAGUUUAUUUUACAAACUUGUGUUAAACAUUUGAGCUGAAAUGUAGCUAUUGUUAUUUAUUUGUAUAUUACAAGUGCAAGAAAGAUGUUUUCUAGCAUUAUUCUUUGAAAGCUGAUACAACAUCUAUGGAUAUGAUGUUUGUUUUCAAGUAAUGAUAUUUGUUUUUCUUCCAUUACCUAUACUGUUGAAAAGAAAACUGCAAAGAAUAAAAGUGAAGUGAAAAAAACCUGACAUGUUUAUUUUACAAAAACACAUGUCAAACUUUAGAGCUGAUAUAUGCACAGCUAUUUUGGAUUAUCUAUACACUACAAAUGCAAACAGUUGUAAACAGUUGUGUUCAGGUAUUACUCUUUGACACUUAUUACAGCAUCUAUGGAUAUGAUGGUUUUUUUGAAGUGCUGAUAUUUUGCUGUGAAAAAAAUGCAUAGAAUGAAGUUGAGAUGAAAGAUCAUAAAAACUGACAAGUUUAUUUUACAAACUUGUGUCAAUCAUUUGAGCUGAUGUGCAGCUAUUUGUAUUUAUUUGUACACUACAAAUGCAAGAAAUGUGUUUCCUAGAAUUAUUCAUUGAAAUCUGAUUACAGCAUUUAUGGAUAUGAUGUUUGUUUUGAAGUAAUGAUAUUUUGCUUCCAUCAACU